GAUCGGCAAAAGGGAAGGGCGUGUUUUAACUCUUGAUCCCCACUCGCAAACUCGCCACCAUGCCUUCCCAACUCCUCGUCGACUCGUCCUCUCUUCCCUCUUCUUCAUACUGUGUCGCGUCUUCUUCUUCCGUCGGGAAUGCCAAUCAUCCUGAAUGGCGACUUACGCAUGUAUGCUUCUCGCACAGAGCUCUCUUCCAAUCGGCUAAAAAAUGUCUUCUCCCACGAAUCAGCACGGUUGUGCGUAAUGCGAGGAGCGCCGACGGCGGAAGCAAGGGAGAUGGCAGGUGGAGCCUCAGUGGGCAAACGGCCCUUGUCACCGGCGGGACUCGCGGUAUUGGACGGGCCGUUGUGGAGGAAUUGGUGGGUCUUGGGGCCAAAGUGCAUACGUGCUGCAGGAAUGGGAGUGAGCUUAGGCAGUGCUUGGAGGAGUGGGAAGGCUUGCUGGGGUCUGGAAUCAGCGGCUCCCUCUGUGAUGUCUCUGUUGGUGAGAAAAGAGUUGAGCUAAUGAGAACAGUGUCCUCUGUCUUUGAUGGGAAGCUCAAUAUUCUCGUUAACAAUGUUGGGACAAAUAUUCGCAAGCCGAUGGAGGAGUUCACACCGGUGGAAUUUGCUACUCUACUGUCGACCAAUUUUGAAUCUGCUUUCCAUUUAAGCCAACUAGCUUAUCCACUUCUGAAGGCCUCAGGACAGGGAAGUGUUGUCUUCACAUCUUCUGUGACUGGUUUCCUGUCGUUGAAGUCGAUGUCUGUUCAUGGAGCAACGAAAGGAGCAAUCAAUCAAUUGACAAAGAGUUUGGCUUGCGAGUGGGCAAAGGACAACAUUAGAAGCAAUGCUGUUGCCCCAUGGUACAUCAAGACGUCCAUGGUGGAACAAGUUCUUAGCAAUGAAAAGUAUCUAGAGGAGGUAUACUCGAGAACUCCUCUGCGGCGGCUGGGAGAGCCAACAGAGGUAUCAUCUCUGGUUGCAUUCCUUUGCCUGCCUGCCUCGUCUUACAUCACCGGUCAGAUUAUUUGUGUCGAUGGAGGGAUGUCUGUUAAUGGUUUCUUCCCCAGCCAUUCUUAGAAGCUGCUACUCGUUUGGGUUCCUUACUUUUUUGGACCAAGAUUGUGGUUAGCAGAGGUAGCUUCCAUUCUGGGGCUGAGCCGGCUCUUGCCACCAAGUUCCAUUCUGGCUGCUAAUUUUUCUGUUUCCUUUCGAAUAGUAAUCAAUUGUAAAUCGAUUCAAAUUGGAUGAAUCAACGGACUGUAAGUUUCUUAUCCGACUUCCCUUAGCUGCGUACCAAGCUCUAUUUUGAGAACCAGACCGACUACUGAACUGGUAAUUUAGACGAAUUAAUUUUCAUAACCAUUUUUUAUCCUCAUGAUAUAGGAGAUUUUUCCAAUA